UUCCGCAGGACUUCCCGACCAUCCUGCAGUUCUUCGACGAGCCUGUCCGGACUAUUUAUCGUAUUCAAAAGUCGGACAGUAAGUUCCUGCCCUCAAAUGUCAUGCCGGAACCAUGAAGAACCGCGGCUAAUCCCAUCUAGUCCCCCAUACAGUGAGGGCCCACUCAAGCUCCCCUUCCAACGACCGGCAGCCGAAUGCCGCACCUUUAGCUCUCCAGCUGUAGAGCAGGUCAUUGAGGAUGUCACCUCACGAAUGAAAGACAAGGACCUCGCGCAGAUAUUCGGGAACGCUUUCCCGAACACUCUGGACACGACGGUGCGAUGGCACGUGGACGGGACCUCGGCCGCGUCGAAGAACCGCAGGGACUCUCAAUGGCAGGGCCCUCAGACCUUUAUUGUCACCGGCGACAUCAACGCUGAGUGGCUGCGCGACUCGACAAACCAGCUUACCGGGUACCAGGCUCUAGCGAAGAAGGAUAAGAAGCUACACAGCCUCAUUCUGGGCGCGAUUAACACCCAGGCCGAGUUUGUCAUUCAAUCCCCGUACUGCAAUGCGUUCCAGCCGCCGCCGCCGAGUGGGCUGGAGCCAGCCAAAAACGGGCAAGAUGAUCAGGUGCAUCCGGCGUAUGAGCCCUCAGUGGUGUUUGAAUGCAAGUACGAGCUCGAUUCGCUAGCGCACUUCCUUGCUCUGGGCACGGAAUUCUACGAAAGCACCAAGUCAACGGAGUUCCUGACUGACCGCUGGUACUCUGCUUUGGAUACUCUCUUGAAGGUCCUAGAUGCUCAGUCGCAGCCGACCUUCAAUGACAAGGGUCAACACGUCGUCAACCAGUACACCUUCCAGCGUAAAACCACCCUCGGCACCGAGACUCUCAGUCUGGCUGGAGUCGGAAACCCUCUGAACCACGGCACAGGGCUGAUCCGCAGUGCCUUCCGUCCCAGCGACGAUGCCACCAUCCUCGGAUUCUUCAUCCCACCCAACGCCCAGAUGGCCGUCCAGCUCAAAAAGACAGCCAAGGUGCUGCGCGCCGCCGGAGGCAAAGCCGAUCUAGCAAAAGACCUCGAGGACCGCGGAGAUCGCCUCGAUAAGGCUAUCAAGGAGCACGGAAUCGUCAACCACGCUAAGUACGGCGAUGUCUACGCCUUCGAGGUGGACGGGUACGGCUCUCGCAUCCUCAUGGACGACGCCAACAUCCCAUCCCUGCUCUCCCUGCCGUAUCUCGGCUACGUCAGCAAAGACGACAAGGUAUACCAAAACACCCGGAAGAUGCUUCUCGCGAAAGACGGCAACCCUUACUAUUUCACUGGUUCGGAUUUCCACGGCAUCGGCGGUCCUCACAUCGGUCUCCAAAACGCCUGGCCCAUGUCCCUCCUCAUCCAAGCCAUGACCUCCGACUCAGACGCCGAAAUCACCGAGUCCAUCAACCUGGUCCGGAACUCGAGUCUCCUCGGUCUCGUGCAUGAGUCCAUCAACGUUAAUAAUAUUAAAGAUUACUCGCGUCCGUGGUUCGCGUGGGCGAACUCCGUCUUCGCGCAGACUAUCCUGAAGGUGGCGGCUGAGAGGCCGCAUUUGCUUUUUGGGGAGGGCGCUGAGCCGUAUAUAAUUGAGUAGGGUUAGGUAUAGUAUAGCAUAGUAGCUGUGUUGGAUUCGGCUGUCCUUCAAGCUGAGAGAAGGUUUCUUGGGAGACAUUGCAUUGCAUGUUAGGGUGUAAUCCCUCCCGUAUUUGAGU